AAUAGAUAAGCUUACACUUGUAUUUGAAACAUUCAUUAUGUGCAACAGUAUAAACGUAAUACCACGGAGUCAUAAUUGAUUUUCUUUCUUAUUUAAAUAAAGAAAACUGCUUAAGUAUUCAUAAUACAAUAUACAACAAACAACAUGAUUCGCAAUUUAUUUUGUCUUUUUGGAAUGGUACUAACAACAACCACAGCGGCAUCCUUUAGGAGCGCAAGAGACGCAUUUAACCCAACGCAACUAAUGGAACACCACAUGGACAUGCGCACUGACGACCAAUCUAUUUUUGGAGCAUACCAUCCCAAUGACCUCGUCCAGUCUAUAAUAAACUUUUUCCAAAAUGGCGGACACAAGAAUUCGGAUAGCCAAUGGGGUUUGUUCGUUUACAAUCCAAACGAUAAAAUGGAUCAGUACGUAGGCAAUGUGCAUGCACCAGGCGGCUUGGGUUCGAAUCCCAACACUGGACAAAGCGAAAUCAAUCGAAGUCAACAACAGCCUUCGCAGGCGGCUUCUGGUUUUGACCCCAGCAAGCUCAACGAACAAUUGAUGCAAUCGAUGCAAAGCGGAGGCUUUUCAAGCUACGGCGCGCCACAACAACAACAGCAUUCCCAGCUGCAAAACGGCGGUUUCGACGCGGAUUCUUUAAACAAGCACCUAAUGCAGAAUUUUUUACACAAUGACGCGUCUUUUUCAAAAAAUUCUGCAACCGGAUCUUCCGGAAGCCAACAACAGGUGGAAAUAGGCGCGAGCUUGCUCGGAUUCAAUCCGGACAGUCUAAAUGCUGGUCUAUUGGGCUCCAUGCGCUAUGACCCAAAUUCAGCCGUCUUGAUGCAACCGCCGUCGUUCCAGUCUAACGGAGGCGUGGACACGGACAAAAGUAAUCCAUAUUCAGCCGAACAACAAUGGGGCAAAAACGCUGACACCAACCCAACUCAUCCGCCCGAAGCGACAACAUCCAACAAGAUUAAUUUGUCAACUGCUUCAGCUAAUGAAGACUCCCAACAAAAGACAGGACCUUCGGAAAAUGCGAAUUCACCGUUUGAAACAACCGGCGGUAACGCGGCGAACGCGGGCUUUUCGGGGAAUGCAAAUGUUGGCGGUACGGGUGGUUACGCAAACCUGGGCAACGGCGGAUUCACAAAUGUUGUCAACGCAGGUUAUGGCGCACAAGCCUCAGCUCCGCAACUAUCUUCAAAUCAGCUCCACCAAUAUGGCGCCGGAACCGGAAGUUCUCCAAACGGAAGCGGAAGUUCUGCCGUCUUCCAGCCAGGAAAUUUUGGCGAAAAUGUAGACCAAAAUCAGAUGAUACCAGGGGUUCAACAGGGUGCGGUGCUGCAACAAACGGAUUCAAAAGCACCGCAGGCGAACGGAAUUGGUGGAAUGGGUUAAUAUUUCAUCGGCAAUAUAACGAGUUGGCGAUUUUCAAAAACAGAAAAGUAGCUCUCUCUUUUUCUAAGUCUUUGUGAAACAAGUCUUGUUAUUCAUUCUCCUAGACUCUUUGGGAAUUCUAAUGAUUGGCAACAUUAACACGUUUGCUCUUAAAUAUAUGUUGGUUUCAUAUUUUGUUAUGCCCUUUUCAUUUAACACAAUGUAUAGUUCAGCCAAUUUGUUUAAAUUUCUGUAAAAUGGUACAAAUAAAAAAAUGCUUAGCCUA